GCCGAUGAACUCGAACAAGCACCAUACUAAAGAAUUGCAUUUUGACAGCAUCAUCUGACUGUUGCUGUGUUAGGAGUUAGCGUUAACUAGUGGUGGGGGGGUUAUCAUUUUCAACUGUACAUUUAAUGCUAACUAUCAAGAAAUGAACAGUAGGCAGCUACGUAGCUUUAACUGCAGUCUCUGACGCACACGUCCAUUCAACACAGCUAGGCAUUGCCGCUUAGCAACGUUAGCAUUAGCGAGUAGCUAACGUUCCAAUACACUGUAGCAUUGCCUAGCUUUGCUGGUUAACAGCGUUUUAGCAUCCGGUGCUACCACCGCUUGUUUCUGACGGCGGUAUGAGUUCUGGAUACGGUGGUCGAGGAGGGAGAAGAGGCAAAAGAGGAGGUCGAGGAUACAGAGAUGGAAGCAGAGAACGAUGGGACAGAGAAGGAGGAGGAGGAGGAGGAAGAGGAGGAGGAGGUUCGAGUGGACACAGUACCGAAUUUGACCAGGACCAAGGUGGAGGUGGACAACAGGACCGUCCCCCUCCACACCUGAAGGGACGUGAGAUCGGCAUGUGGUACGCGAAAUACGGAGCCGUGAGGAGGAAGCAGGGUGACCGGAGAUCGCGGACGGUGGUUCAGAUGGAUGAGGCCAGAGAACAGCAUAUUACCAAACUGCUCAGCUCUGUCCAAAAUGAUCGCCCUGGUCCAUGGAGAGAUGGCAGGGAAGCAAGAGCCUCUACGUCAAAUAGCAGUGGUCAUUGUUACUUUGAUGGGGACAUGGAAGAGGAAGAGGAUAAAAACAAGAUUGAGCUCAAAUCUGAGGACGAGGAGGAAGAAGUUACUCCAGGCCAGAAGAAAGCAACUCAUAAAUCGCAACGUUACUUCUCCCAGGCAGCCGUUAAAGAUGAGCCUCCAGAAACUUGGGAUGAUGAUGAAGAAGAGCAGCAGGAGAAGGAGGAGAAAGCGACACUGAGAAAGAAAGACAAGGACCUGGAGUUCUUAAUCCAUGAAGUAGCCAAGGACAGUUUACUUGAUGACCGCUUAAAGAGAGAUCUGCAGAGCAAGAAAUCAGAUCCAAAGUACAAAGAAAUGCUGAAAUUCAGGGAAAGACUACCAUCUUAUGGCAAAAAAGAGGUUCUGGUUGAUCUUAUCAACUCGAACCGUGUCCUGGUGGUGAGUGGGGAAACAGGGUGUGGAAAGACCACCCAGGUUACCCAGUUCAUCCUGGAUGACUACAUCAAUAGAGGCGUGGGCUCGAUGUGUCGUGUGGUCUGCACGCAGCCUCGUCGCAUCAGUGCCAUCUCGGUAGCAGAGCGUGUAGCAGCAGAGAGGGCAGAAAGUGUAGGGAAUGGAAAUUCUUGUGGUUACCAAAUCCGCCUGCAGAGCCGGUUACCACGGAGACAAGGUUCGGUCCUAUACUGUACAACAGGCAUUAUUCUUCAGUGGCUUCGCACAGAUCCAUUAUUGUCUAGCAUCAGCCACCUGGUGUUGGACGAAAUCCACGAGAGGAACCUGCAAUCUGACGUUUUGCUCGUCAUUGUGAAGGAAAUACUCACCCAUCGGGAUGACCUCAAGGUCAUCCUCAUGAGUGCCACGCUCAACGCAGAGAAGUUUUCAAAAUAUUUUGACAACUGUCCAAUGAUCCACAUCCCUGGUUUGACGUUCCCAGUUGAGGAGUUCCUACUUGAAGACGUUGUGGAGAUGACCAGGUAUCGUCCCCAGAAUCAGGACCGUCGCCCCUCAUGGAAGAAAGGCUUUAUGCAGGGGCGCAACUCCAGGCCUGAGAAGGAGGAGAAAGAGGCUGAAUACAAGGAGAGUUGGCCCUGUUAUGCACACACACUGCAGGGCAGAUACUCUGACAACACCAUUGAGACACUGGAGAUGUUGGACAAUGAUGACAAGAUUGACCUGGAGCUGAUCGUGGCACUGAUUCGCCAUAUUGUGCUCAAGGAGGAGGAAGGAGCAAUCUUGGUCUUCCUUCCUGGUUGGGACAACAUCAGCGGUCUCAAUGACCUGCUUGUGGCUCAGCAGAUGUUCAAAUCAGACCGGUUCAUUAUCAUCCCUCUGCACUCCCUCAUGCCCACCGUUAAUCAGACGCAGGUGUUCAAAAGGCCUCCUCCUGGAGUUAGAAAGAUUGUGAUUGCUACCAAUAUAGCUGAGACCAGCAUCACCAUAGAUGACGUUGUUUACGUUAUAGAUGGAGGCAAGAUUAAGGAGACCAACUUUGACACCAACAACAACAUCAGCACGAUGACAGCAGAGUGGGUCAGCCUGGCCAAUGCCAAACAGAGGAAAGGACGAGCUGGCAGAGUGUGUCCAGGGAAGUGCUAUCACCUGUACAAUGGUCUCAGGGCCAGCCUGCUGGAUGCCUAUCAAUUACCCGAAAUCAUGAGGACACCACUGGAGGAGCUCUGCCUGCAGAUCAAGAUUUUGAACCUUGGGUCUAUAGCUCAUUUCCUGGAAAAAUCCCUGGACCCUCCCACUACAAACGCCGUCAACCUAGCCAUCAAGAACCUCCUAGACCUGAACGCCCUGGACCGUUCAGAGAACCUGACAGCACUGGGUUUCCACCUGGCUCGCCUGCCUGUGGAGCCUCACAUUGGCAAACUCAUUCUGUUUGGAGCUCUGCUGGGCUGCCUGGACCCCAUGCUCACCAUUGCUGCUUCUCUCAGCUUCAAAGACCCUUUCUUCAUACCCCUGGGUAAAGAGAAGAUGGCAGACAUGAGGAGAAGGACCCUGUCCAAAAACUCCAAGAGUGACCACCUCACUAUUGUCAAUGCCUUCCAGGGCUGGGAGGAAGCAAAACACCGUGGUGCCAGGUAUGAGAGGGAGUACUGCUGGGACAACUUCCUGUCUGCCAAUACACUCCAGAUGCUGCACAACAUGAAGGGUCAGUUUGCUGAGCACCUAAUGAAAACAGGCUUUGUCAGCAGCAGGGACCCCAAAGACUACAAAUCCAAUGUCAACUCCGACAAUGAAAUGUUGAUCAAGGCGGUGAUUGUAGCUGGUCUGUACCCGAAGGUGGCAACGAUCAGACCAUCUGGCAGCAAAAAGAGGCCUAGGGUUAAGGUGUACACCCAAGCUGAUGGAAAGGUGUGUAUCCACCCGAAAUCAGUGAAUGCUGAAGAGACUGAGUUCAACUAUAAAUGGCUCAUCUACCACCUCAAGAUGAGAACGAGCAGUAUCUUCCUCUACGAUUGCACCGAGGCGUCCCCGUUCUCGCUGCUGUUCUUUGGAGGAGACAUCACAAUCCAGAAAGAUGAGGACCAGGAGACCAUCGCCGUGGACAAGUGGAUCGUCUUCAGAUCCCCGGCACGCAUAGCUCACCUUGUCAAAAGUUUAAAGAAAGAGCUGGAUUCUCUGCUGGAGGAGAAGAUCCGUAACCCUGCUCCCGUGGACUGGCAAAAUCGUCAGUCCAAAGACUGUGCUGUUAUCACAGCCAUCAUAGACCUCAUCACCACCCAGGAGAAGUCUACAGGUAGCACGAAGAGCUAUGGCAAAACGUGGGCGACUGCCCCAAGAGGACAACACAUGCACUUCGACGAUGACGACGAUGAUGACGACGAUGAUUAGGAGUGGCCGGGGUUUUUGGGCUGGCUAUGAAGAGAAGAGCCUCAGAAAUGACUGACUGCACCCACGGCCACAGAGGUUAGUUUGGAUAUUAAUGACAACCAGCUGGCAUCCUUGAAAGUGCUUCUGAAACCCAGGACGCAAUAGGACUGGAAAGUGUUAUGCACUUGAAUGACUCCUAUUAUUGUUUAGUUUUUUUUUUGCCCAUUCUGUUAUUAUUUUUCAAGGACCAAUUCAUGUUUGAAUACACUCAGUAGCCAUUUAGUUUAUUCGGUUUAGAUGCAUCUUGCUCGUUUUUUAGCAAUGUCACUUAAAAGACUAUAAUGUUACUUAAUGGACUGCGGAAUAAAGAAAGGAUCAAUGAAAAAAAAAAAA